GGUUCCCUGCGCUGCCGCCCUCCCGCCAGCAGGGGGCGCCGGUCUGCCCCGCACAGCGCCCGCUCGGUCCGGAAGUCCCGCCCCGACCGGAAGUCGGCGUAGGAGCAGUCGGGGAAAAUGGCGGUGUCCGCGAGCGGUGGAGCGGCGCGCCGGCUCGGCCGCCGGGGGCGGGAACCCCACAGGCAGCACCGGCGCGGGGUACGCCGCGGGCCGGGGGAUGGCACCGAGGGGGCCCUGAAGCGGCUAAAGCUCGCGGUGGAGGAGUUCGUGCAGGCGAGCUCCGAGGGUGAGAUCCCCGGCGGCGCCGCGGGGCCCCCGACGGGCGGGCGCGUGCGGCCGGGCGGGAGGAAAAGCCGCAGGGAGCUGAGGAAGGAGAAGCGGCACCUGAGGAAGGCGCGCAGGCUGCGGAGGACUGCGGGGCUCGCGCAGGGCCCGCGUGCGGGCGGCGGCGGCGGAGCCGGGGGAAAGAGCGGCUCCCGGGCGGCGGGGGCGGGCGGUCGGCCGUCUCCUUGUCGGGCCCCGCCGCCGCCGCCGCCGGAGGGGCUGCGACCUCCCCAGGCCAAGGGCGCCCGGGCCCGCCCCGAGCCCAGAGGUCCCCCCGGGACCCCUAGGCCCUCUGCAGCCGCCGCUGCCGCUCGAAAACGGGCACUUUUGGCGGCCAACGAGGAGGAGGACCGGGAGAUCCGGAAGCUGGAGCGGCGCCUCGGCUUGAACAAGCGCAAGAGGAAGGGCGGCGGGAGCUCCGUGCCGCUCAGCUUCGCCCGGGAUGGGCUCGACUACCUCCUGGGGGCCCUGGAGCCCGGACACAACGGCGGCUGGUGCGAAGGCGGCCGUGCGGAGGACGAGGACGAGGAGGAGGACGCUGGACAGACGCUGCCCGACAGCGGCACCGACAGCGGCACCGAGGGCGAAGGGCCGCACGAGGGUGAGGAAGAAGAGGGCCGGCCGGGAGCAGAAACCGGAGCAGAGACCGAGGAAGCGGACGUGGACGACGACGGGCAACAAGGCCCGCAAGGGCGAGCCGCGGGCGGAAGGAGCGAAAGGAGAGUCCGUUUCGCCGACGGAAGGAGGGAGCCUGUCCCGGAGGACUCGGACGCAGCGGACCAGCAGAGUCUCUGUGAAGACGAGGGCAAGUACAUCCCCCCUCACGUGAGGCAAGCUGAGGAAACAGCGAGUGGCCGGAAGAAGGAGAGCCUGGAGAGGCUCCAGAAACACGUCAAAGGUCUGAUCAACAGGUUGAGCGAGCCGAGCGUGGCCUCCAUCAGCGGGCAGCUGGAGGAGCUAUACAUGGCCCACAGCAGGAAGGACAUGAACGACACCCUGACAGGUGUCCUCCUGAGCGCCUGCGCGCCCGACGCCGCCAUGCCCAGCCGGCUGGUGAUGGAGCCUGUGCUGGUGCUCAGCACCCUUCACCACACGGUCGGGGUCGAGGUCGGUGCUCACUUUCUGGAGGCUGUGGUGAAGAGGUUUGACGCCGUCUAUAAGAACGGAGGCGAAGGGAAGGAGUGCGAGAACCUGCUCACCAUCAUCGCGCAUUUGUAUAACUUCCACGUGGUGCACGCUUGCCUGGUUUUUGACAUUUUGAAGAAGCUUAUUGGGACUUUCACAGAAAAAGAUAUUGAACUGACCCUGUUAAUGCUGAAAACCGUGGGCUUCUCGUUGCGAAAAGAUGAUGCUCUGUCACUCAAGGAACUGAUCGUGGAGGCCCAGGCCAAAGCCAGCGCGGCCAGCGGCAAGUUCCAGGACCAGACCAGGGUUCGGUUUAUGCUGGAGACCAUGUUGGCGCUGAAGAACAAUGACAUGCGGAAGAUCCCGGGCUAUGACCCUGAGCCUGUGGAGAAGCUCAGGAAGUUACAGAGAGCGUUGGUGCGCAGCGCCGGCUCGGGCACCGAAACUCAGCUCCGCAUCUCCUGGGACGGCAUCCUGAACGCCGAGCAGACCGGCCGCUGGUGGAUCGUGGGGUCCGCGUGGACUGGGGCCCCUAUGAUUGACAACAGUCAGCAGAAGGUCUCAGAGAAGCCGCCCUCGGGGACGGUUAGUGGGAAGAUACUAGAACUCGCCCGAAAGCAGAGAAUGAACACUGAUGUCAGAAGGAACAUAUUCUGUACAAUAAUGACAAGUGAAGAUUUCUUGGAUGCGUUUGAGAAGCUUCUGAAGCUGCGGCUGAAGGACCAGCAGGAGCGGGAGAUCGUUCACGUUCUCGUGGAUUGCUGCCUUCAAGAGAAAACCUACAACCCUUUCUACGCAUUCCUGGCUGGCAAGUUCUGUGAAUACCAGAGAAGGUUCCAGAUGACUUUCCAGUUCAGCAUAUGGGAUAAAUUUCGGGACUUGGAAAAUUUGCCAGCCACUAAUUUCUCUAAUUUGGUUCACCUGGUAGCCCACUUGUUGAAGACGAAAUCACUUCCGCUUUCUAUUUUAAAGGUAGUUGAAUUCGGCGAACUGGAUAAACCCAGAGUCCACUUUUUACGAAAAGUAUUAUAUAUUGUGUUAAUGGAAACAGAAGUUGAAGACCUUGGUUCAAUUUUUUCAAGAGUGAGCGACAGCCCGAAGCUGGGCCUGCUGAGAGAAGGUCUGAAGCUCUUCAUCGGCCACUUCCUGCUGAGGGGCGCGCCGGCAAGCACGAGCACGGAGGCAGCCAGCCGGCUGAGGGCGAGGGCCGACCUCUCCACCAAGGCUCUGCAGGGCAAGGCUUCCCUGAUGAUGUAAUCCCGAAGCGGAGCGGAGCGGUGUGGUGUGCUCGUUUCUCUGAAAACGCCCUUUUUAAACCCAGAAGGCUCGUUACGCUGCUGGCCGUGUGUGCAGGUGGCAGGGCUCUGCCACGGGCUGCUGUGCUUGAGAUCUACGUUUCCGGUAAUUUUUAAAUUCAAGGUCAUACUGUGUUUCUGUUUUAAACAUUCUCAUGUAUCUGUUUCCAGAGUGGGGAGGGCAGAAGGCAGGGAGGGCAGGACAGGCGGCCACGGGCACGUCCUCCAGUAGAGACAGGGCGGGGUGCGUGUGAUCAUGUGUGUGGUGGCCUUUUUUUUUUUUUUUAAAGAUUUUAUUUAUUUGACAGAGAUCACAAGUAGGCAGAGAGGCAGGCAGGGAGAGAAGAGGAAGCAGGCUCCCUGCUGAGCAGAGAGACUGAUGCGGGGCUCGAUCCCAGAAUCCUGGGAUCGUGACCUGAGCCGAAGGCAGAGGCUUUAACCCACUGAGCCACCCCGGAGCCCCUGUGUUGGCCUUAUUUUUAAUAAAUGGUCCGCUAGGUGGUGCAGCGAUAAAGAAAUGGAUGGGUCUUUAUCUUUUUGAUGGACUGAUUUAAAGUCCAAAAACCAUUAGUUAAAUGUGCUAGCUGAUACCUCAUGGAUUAUUUUACUGUUGGGAACGCAAUCGUGUGGGGAGGGUGAGCUGUUGCCUGAAGCCUUGUGGACACCUGUCCCACGCAGUGCAGAUGGGAGCUUCCUGCCGGCACUCGGCUGCGGUUCCCACGUGCAGGGGCGCGUCCCGUGUGUGUCUGUCCCAUGUGUGUCUGUCCUAUACACGCCACGCUUUACUCGACAACACGGAUGGCACCAGAGAGCUGUCAGACGCUGGAUGGGUGGGGUCUCUGGGCGAAGUCCUGGGAGGAGUAAGUGACUGGGACAGCACUGCCGCCUGGGAACCGUGAACGCUCAUCUAGUGACAGACGCGCCCCACGAGUACAGUCGGCUCUGGCUGAGUCUGUGCAAAGUCAGUCGUGACCGACAAAUGUCUGUCCUUCUCCAGCUCUUAGAAUUGGCUUCUCUGUCUUAAAUGCUGCGAACUUAAGUGUCCCCUGAGGUUAUUGAAAAGUUACCAGCAUGUGUGCACGGAAUAGUCUCUUCUGGGGCAUCGACACCUGCCCAGCGCCAGUGGCGCGCUGUCCCGCAGGGGGCUCCCCUGGCCCGAGGGAGGCCUCUCCUGUGGAAACCCCCUUUGUCGCAGGCGUUCAGACACUGUCUGUACGUGAGCCGACAGCAGCGUGUGUUUGGAAAUGACCACGUGACAUUGGCAGCGUCUCCGUGUAUGUCCCUAAACGAACGGUUUAAGUCUUGAACGGAUAAGGAGCACGAACAGCGGCCUGCUGGCCUCUCCCCGCUCGCUGGCCCCGCCGCCGGCCGCCCGGCACGGCAUCUCCCAGCUGCUCCUGAGCCACGUCCGCAGGGAACAGAGCGCACCGGCGGGGAACCUGCGCUUUCUCUGCGGGCCGGAGUCAGGCGGUGAGCUGGCGGGGCUGAGCAGGUGCCCCCCUCCACUGGGGCUCAGCACAGCCGCCUGCGUACCGGGGUCGGGCUCGGAAGAAAAGUGCGUCAUUCGAGCGAGACCGCGGGCUUACCGAUUCUGUCGACCUGCGCUCAGCGCAGGCUCCUGCUUCCUCGACGACCCGCAGACCUGCCCGCAGGCCAUUGACGGCGGGGGCAGCCGCUAAGACUGAGAAGAACGGUCCCCGGGCCCUGACCCGGCCCUCACCUAGUGGGGGUGCGGCUGCGCGGCUGACUUUUUGCGGAGGAUAAACUUGUGUCCACGGAACCCUCUUUUUAUAUUGUCUUUGUCACCAAAGCAGUAGAACUGUCUCUUUGCCGUGGGAUGAAUUGGUGACUUCAUUCCUGACGCCCACGUCUGGCAUGUAUUAGAUGGCCGGCCGGCCGUUAAUUUCUCCUUUUUCAGCGUAAAAGCCCUUUAUAGCAGCAAACUGUCACGGGUUAUCACAUGUUAGUAUGCUGUCAGUAAGUAAGUGUAUCUUGACCAAAAGCUACUCUGAACUCAGAUUUGCUUGUAAACAUACGGGUUUUCAAAAUGUGUUACGGUGGGGCGCCGGGUGGCUCCGUGAAGCAGCUGCCUCUGGCUCAGGUCAUGCACGAAGUCCCGGGUCCUGGGUCAGGCUCCGUGCUCAGCAGGAAGUCCGCUUCUCCCUCUCCCUCAGCCGCUGCUUGUACUCUGUCUCUGACAAAUAAAAUCUUAAAAAAAGAUAAAGUAAAACUUAACCCUGAAGUAUCAUAGUUUAUUAUAUCCCAUGUACAAUAAAGUGUAUCUUAAAAAAGUAAGAUGUAUUACAGUAACACUCUGCAUCUGGAAAACACUGUGCGGGUGCUGGGUAUACAUGGAAUUUGGGGGCUUCUUGUGGUGCAGGUUGAGAACCGCUAUUGUAUUGACAGAAUUUGUGAAAAGACCUUGUCUUUUAGGGGACUUCGUCUUCUUUUCCCUUUAAGUAAUCUCUGCAUCCAGCCUGGGGCUUGGACCCUGAGAUCAGGAGUCAAAUGUUCUACCGACUGAGACAGCCGGGAGUCCCUAGCGGAUUUCAUCUCUAAAACAGAAUAAGGAACAAACUUUUUAAUGUAUUAAAAUGUAUAAAUAAAUUAAUUUUUUAUAUUUUACUUAGAGUGCCAGUGAAGGUUUACUUUGAAAUAACAGGUUUGCUGGUUGCACACCUUAUCUUUCCAGUUUAGGGAAAUCUGCCUAGCCUGUGGCUUGGGCUACACCUAAACGGUACAGUCCCCCCCUCACCCCUCCCCUCCCGCUUUGCCCAAAGACCCAGAUAAAGCAAAGGAGGCAAAAUGUUAACCAGUAGUGGAUCUGGGUGAAGUUUAUACAAAGUAUAUUCUUAACAACUUCUCUGUAAGUCUUAAAUUAUUUUAAAAUAAGAAUUUUUAUAAGACAUUCAUAAUGCAGAACUCAUCCUUCAGAGUUUUAAAAUACUCUAAUGCUGCCUUUUACGAAGAUGGCGCCGAAAGCUAAGAAGGAAGCCCCUGCCCCUCCCAAAGCCGAAGCCAAAGCAAAGGCUUUGAAGGCCAAGAAAGCGGUGCUGAAAGGCGUCCACAGUCACAAAA